AUGGACAGCCCUGAAGAGCCUGUGAGGUGCCCCGCCCGAGGGAAUUGCCCGGUGUACCUGGCCAUGAGAUCAGGGACUGUCCACUACACCCCAUCAGCCCUGGGCCCUGCACUUGAGGGGGACUUGGGAGAGGAGCCUGGGGACACAGACAGCCAGCCCCCCUCCGAGGAGGGCUGCCCGCCACCCCUCGGGGCUGUCCCAGGCCCCUGGAAGAGUGUCCACCUCAGCAAAGGAGCCCUGGCGGAGAGCCCUGCCAGGGAAGAGGGCCCUGCAGCUGCUCCGCUGGACGUGUCCCGCUUGCGUAGUUCCUCCGUGGAAAUUCGGGAGAAGGGCUCGGAGUUCCUGAAGGAGGAGCUACACAAAGCCCAGAAGGAACUGAAGCUGAAGGAUGAGGAGUGUGAACGUCUGUCCAAGGUUCGAGAGCAGCUGGAGGAGGAGUUGGAGGAGCUGACAGCCAGCCUGUUUGAGGAAGCCCAUAAGAUGGUUCGAGAAGCCAACAUGAAGCAGGCAGCCUCAGAGAAGCAGCUGAAGGAAGCCCGAGGCAAGGUGGACACCACCCUGUUUGCCGAGUUUCAGGCCUGGAGGGAAUCGCCCACCUUGGACAAGACCUGCGCCUUCCUGGAAAGGGUAUACCGGGAGGAUGUGGGUCCCUGCCUGGACUUUACCAUGCAGGAGCUCUCGGCUCUGGUGCGGGCCGCUGUGGAGGAUAACACACUCACCAUUGAGCCCGUGGCUUCGCAGACUCUGCCUGUGGUCAAGGUGGCUGCUGCGGUCGAGUGUGGCAACACCAACACAUGUGCCCUGAGCGGGCUGGCCCGAGCCUGCCGCCACCGCAUUCGACUCGGUGACUCCGAGAGCCAAUACUACAUUUCGCCAUCCUCCCGGGCCAGGAUCACAGCAGUGUGCAACUUCUUUACCUACAUCAGAUACAUCCAGCAAGGCUUGGUGCGGCAGGACGCGGAGCAGAUGUUCUGGGAGGUCAUGAGGCUACGGAAGGAGAUGUCUUUGGCCAAGCUGGGCUUCUUCCCCCAGGAGGCCUAG